AUGAUUUUAGCGGGUAGUGCAGCGAUACACACUCGAUUGCAUGCGUAUACCCCUCCCGCAACUGCUGCAACCAGCUCACGAUAUGUUACUGUCGGAUUUGUGGACUCAGUCUUGGGACCCAUAUUAGUGUUAGCGUUGGCUUUGCUCACAUCAACUUUCGUGAUGUUUCUGGUCGAGGAACGAGUGAGCAAAUUUGCCCAUCAGCAAACUUUGACGGGUAUCUCGCCUGUCACAUUUUGGGUGGCUUCAUUUGUCUACGAUUUCCUGCUGUAUGCUUUUGCCUGUUCUUGUUUCCUAGCAGUAUUCCUUUUUUCUGGAUGGAUGCAAGGUUAUCUUCAGUUCAUCAUUCUCCUUUUCGCUCUCUACUUCUGGGCUUGUGUUCCAUUCGUCUACACAGUAUCCUUCAUAUUUUCAUCACCAUCAAAAGCAAACGUUCUGUUGAUUAUCUGGCAACUAGUCGCAGCUUUCGCAGCUAUGCUGGUUCUCUUCUUGCUGAGUUUCCAAGAAACCAUAGAUCGAUCUCUGCUUGAAAUUAUCAGAUCGAUACUGCUUUGCUUUCUUCCUUCUUUUGCUAUUGGAAACGCUGUGAUGACCGUCGGACAGUCUUCAUCAGAAAAACUUCCGUCGCAUCUUUUAUGGGAGUGGAAUAUGUUAGGUCAGCAUAUCUAUCGUUCUCAUCGUUUUCAGCCCUUUUCCGGAACUCCUGGAAAUAUUCUUUUCCAGGCAAAAACUUGA